GCUCCAAGAAAUUGCCGAGUAGAAAGAGCUUUCUGGAAAAGCAGUUGCCGCAGCCAAAAUCCUUAACCCUUUUGCGUUUCUCUUCUGUUCGUAGGAAUUGAUUUCCUGAGAUAAGCACAAGUAUGCUGAUAGAAGACGAAGAGACAGAAAGGCAUAGCGAUGUGAAUCCCUCAAAACCCUCGUCUUCCACCAACAAAGAUGUCUCUGAUGGCUUCGAAACUGCCAGCGACGGCGAACUUGGACCCAAUGGUAGCGACAACGACCACGAAACCCAACAACAGCACCAAGUCCAAGAGGAGCAGCAGAGUCUCUCUCAGACCGACGACCUGAAACAGAAAGCAUUUGAACAAGCAAAUGAUGUCAAAUUGGAAGGCAAUAGACUGUUUGGCAGUGGGCAAUAUGAAGAGGCAUUAUCACAGUAUGUGCUUGCUUUACACCUUGCACCCGACAUGCCAUUAUCUGUGGAAUUACGUUCAAUAUGUCACGCAAACAGUGCAAUAUGCUUCUCGAAAUUGGGAAAAUAUGAGGACGCAAUCAAGGAAUGCACAAAAGCGCUAGAACUAAAUCCUUCAUAUAUGAAAGCUCUGCUUAGAAGAGCAGAAGCACAUGAAAAACUAGAGCAUUUUGACGAGGCUAUUGCCGACAUGAAAAAAAUCUUGGAACUUGAUCCUUCAAAUGACCAAGCCAAGAAGACCAUUCACCGCUUGGGGCCGCUGGCUGAAGAAAAGAGAGAAAAGAUGAAAGAGGAGAUGAUUGGGAAGCUGAAAGAUAUGGGCAACUCUUUGUUAGGCCGUUUCGGAAUGAGCGUUGACAACUUCAAAGCUGUCAAAGAUCCAAACACUGGCUCCUAUUCUCUUUCAUUCCAACGUUAGUAUGGUUGUGGUAAUAUCCUACAAUGUGGAAAGAAUCAGGUUGGUGACGUGGCAAGGAGUAGAGGGUUUGUUGUGCAUGCAGGAUUAGUAACUACAAGUAAAUGAAGAGUUGAUAAGAGUUGAUAAAAUCAUUUGCGGAUAGUAUUACCUUUCAUGAAUUUUGAGGUAUUACGGUUUCUAUAUAUGAAUGCAAUUGUUACUUGAUCAUCAUUCACUGCA